AUGGAGAUGAGCCACCAACGAGCUCCAGAGAGAAAACAAGUGAUGUGGCAGAAAACUCACAGCGACCUCAAACGAUACAGAACCGCUAUCGAAGCGAGCGGGAAAGGAAUCAGGAAUAAAGGCGCUUCGGGAGACUGGUAUUUAACUGGAGUGUUCCAGCUAUCAAAAUGGCAGGAGAGUUUUUUUGAACCAGCUGUGGAGAAAAAAGUUAAUAUUACAAGAAGAAACCGAAGUGAAAUCCUGAAAGAGAGGUUUGAACGCCUUCCAGCAGCAGAUCAGAGUUUCUUUCAAACUGGUUCACUCUUCCUUUCAAUAAAUUCAAGUCUGUGUGGCUUAGUAGCAAACAGUUUAUUUAGGCGCAUCCUGAAUAUUACGCAGGCUCGAUUUGCAGCCAGUUUGCCCAUGGCAGUUCUACCAUUCAUCACAACUGCAGCUGUUUAUGAGACUUCAAUUAACCAGCCUCUAAUGGAAGGUGAUCUGAACUGCACGACGUGUGCUUUGGUCAGAGGUGGUUUAAUCGGUGCCUCUGUAGGUAGCUUAUACCCUGCCCUUCUUGCUUUGCCACUGAAUGCAGGUCUUGCAACAAGGUAUAUCAACUCUUAUUUCAAAUAACCUAAGUUCAACUUUUUAGAAAGUGCACAACAUUGAAAGCAAAGGCAGCCUUUCAUUGGGACCAUGUGGUGUUGAGUAUGGUGAAAAAGUACAUAGCUAAACUCCAGUGUAUUCCAGGUUGCUGUAGGGGAUACAUUUUCUGGAGGACAGUAGACUGCAGGUUUUGUCGGCAUACUGCAUAAGUAACAACUGAUGGGAAGAUGCAGUAUGAAGCUGUUAACGUAUAGAGUAAUUGUAUGAAAAUGUUCAGAUGUGACAAAAUGGAAAUGGUCAUUCACUUUACAGAAGCCUGGAAUUGGUUGAAGCUGGGGCCAGAGGCA